GAGUGUGUGUUUGUGUUCCUGUGUAUGUGUGAUCUUACGAAUAAACUUUGGAUGGCGCCAGUUCUUACCUCUGCCUCUUCUCGGGUGCGCUCGGCGCGCCUCUCCUGUUUAGCUGUUGUUGACCGUUCCAGACAUUUUUUUAAAUCGCUUCUCGGAAGAGUUUAGGUUGAAUUCCGUCCGAAGUCUAGUGACACACAGUUCACAGUUACGAUGCCGCUUAAACGUUGGAAAUGGUACUACUUCUAGAACACUUGAAAGGUUGUUUCGAUUAGCAAGUUUCUUCGAAGUUUGUGUGAAGUGGAUUACUACACGAUCUGGAGAUCUAUAAGUGUUAUAAUUACUAAGAUCCGAACCAUGUCAUCAGUCGCCCCAGUAACCAAUGCCCGGGUUAUUUCCACGCCGUGCCCAAGUGGGGGCGUGACCAAGGCGUGGGCGAGGAAGAUUCCGUCCAAGCAGCUGCUCCUUCGGGCGCUGGAGGUCAUCGGGUGGAUCCUGGGUCACUCGCCGGGGUCAUUCCGUUUUCGGAACGAGAAGACGGUCUUCACCUACAGGACGUUCCACACUGCGUAUUGCGUUUUGCUCACCUGCAUCGUAACUGCUGUUCAGGUAUACUACAUAGCGUCGCCAAAUACCGCUCCCGUGAAACUGGACACAGCGACAAACGUAGCCGCAGUUACUCCACACUACAUGGACAUGUUCUUUUAUUACUUGCUGGCGGCCUUCAAUCUGUACCACGCCCCUAAUAUAAAGACUGUUUUCGACGACAUCUACAGAAUGGGAAGGACGACCAAACCCCCUUCGCUCCUGAAACAGUUUCUGACCCUUUCCGUGUGGGUCGUUUACUCAGGCAUAACGAUCGCUCGCACCAUCGUGCUGUCGGUGCAACUCUUUGCAGUUGAGAAGUCCACCUUCAAUUUCGGCGACUUCAUCGUCCCUUUCACUAGCACCUACAUAAAAAUCUACAUAACGUGGGCGCUGGACGUGUACAUUUUGAUUUGCCUGAGCCUCUACGAGCGCAUGAUUCAGCUACGAGCCCUCAUGACCGACGUCCUGACACCCCAGAGAGAAGGCUACUGGAGUCAGUUAGACCUACACGUGAUCGAGGGCGUCAUGGACCAGCACAAGAACUUCAGUCUGCAAGUGACUCGAUUUUUCGAGACUAUGUCGUCAGCCCUUUUCGUUUUAGUCGCCUCUUACUUCAUUAACACGGCGUUCGGUCUGCAGACAUUCCUCACGAACAUCACGCUGAUUGAAGGCUUCUUCAAACCCAUGGCACUGGUGGAGAUCUGCUUCCUUCUAUUUCACUUCCUACUCAUUUCGUCUGCUUGCUACGUCACGAGUUCCAUAUCUGAUGAGUGGUGUGGCGUAGGACAGGAGGUAACUGGAGUUCCCCUGUGUCGAGUAUCGGAUCGUAUCAGAGUACAGCUCCUGACCUUCAUCCAACGGCUUCCCCACCAGGCACCCGUGGUGACUGGAGCUGGGUUCUUUGUCAUCUCGAAAUCAAUGCUUCUCACGAUGAUGAACUUCAUAGCCACUUACAUUAUCUUCAUGGUUCAGUUUUCGCACGUCUGAACUAAGAGUAUUAUGUACUAUACUUCCACUCCAUGUCUGAGAGUCAUCCAAGAAACCUUGGUUCCAGACGCUGACCAAGAUAUCUGCAAUGGUGACUUGAUCACAGCAGCGGACUCGAGUCCGUCGACAUGUCUUAAAUAUGAGUGUUUGAUGUUUGUGAGAAAAUGUGACUUGUGUCAACGAAACAUUUUUUAAAAAAUAAAUAGAGUAAGACUUAUAA